UGAUGAUGAUGAUGAUGACCAAGAUGGAAUGGGUGAUUUCCUGAAUGAAAUGGCUGUCAUGAUGAGCCAAACGGAGCCUACUCAUGAUGAGAGUGGGGAGGAGAGUUUUGAACAGCUGCAAGAUUUAUUCAAUGAAAUGUUCCAAGGUGACACUGAGUCACCAUUUGGAGCUUCUUCCUCCCUCGAUGGUUCCUCGUCAUCAUCAACGUCCUCGUCGGCUUCCUACACUUCCUACUUCCAGAGCUCCGACUUGCCUUAUGCAGGCAGCAAUCCUGAGCUCAAGAUGGGCAAUACUGGCAUGAAUGAUUCACUUAACCAAGCUUCUCACUUUCAGAACUUCUCU